GUCAGCCAUCUUUCAAUUGUGCUCCGAGCCGCCGCCAGCGCCAGCCGCAGCAGCUCCGGCUCCUCCUGCGCCCGCCCGCCUGCCCGCCCUCCAUCCCUCCCUCCCUCCCUCCCGCACGGCAGCCGCGCUCGCCCAGCGGACGGGGUGUAAGGCAGCGACGUCGGCAGGAGCAUGGCCCGUACCAAGCAGACCGCCCGCAAGUCCACCGGUGGCAAGGCGCCCCGCAAGCAGCUCGCCACCAAAGCCGCCCGCAAGAGCGCGCCCUCCACUGGCGGGGUGAAGAAGCCGCACCGCUACAGGCCGGGCACUGUGGCUCUGCGUGAAAUCAGGCGCUAUCAAAAGUCCACCGAACUUUUGAUCCGCAAACUCCCCUUCCAGCGUCUGGUGCGUGAAAUUGCUCAGGACUUCAAGACAGAUCUGCGCUUCCAGAGCGCUGCCAUCGGUGCUUUGCAGGAGGCAAGUGAAGCCUACUUGGUUGGGCUGUUUGAAGACACCAACCUGUGUGCUAUCCAUGCCAAACGUGUCACAAUCAUGCCAAAAGAUAUCCAGCUAGCACGCCGCAUACGUGGGGAGCGUGCCUAAAGCCUCACCACGAUGGGUUUGUCAUUCUCCAAGCAAAAUCUUCUUCCUGUUAUUGGUAGUAAUGAACGUUAGAUAUUUUUUCCAUGGGGUUAAAAGGUACCUUAAGUAUAUGGUUGCAAGUGGAAAAAUAGGGGACAGAAUUGGGUAUUGGCAAGUUUUCUUUCCAUUUUCAUUUGUGUGUGGAUUUUUAAUAUAAACAAGGGGACAUAAAAACAAACAAUGUGGUCAAAAAAUAAACAUGAAUUGUUGAAACUUGUUCACCAAAACAACUUUAUAAAAAAAGAUAUAAAUAAACCUGUCAAAUUUUUCUGGACAAUGCCAGCAUUUGGAUUUUUUUAAACAAGUAAAUUUCUUAUCAAUGGCAACUAAAUGGUGUUUGUAGCAUUUUUAUCAUACAGUAGAUUCCAUCCAUUCACUAUACUUUUCUAACUGAGUUGUCCUACAUGCAAGUACAUGUUUUUAAUGUUGUCUGUCUUCUGUGCUGUUCCUGUAAGUUUGCUAUUAAAAUACAUUAAAUGAU